AUGCCUCCUGCGCGUACAACGCGUCGUUCCGCGGCUGCCGCCGCGCCUCCACCACCACCCGUCAAAUCAACACCCACCAAACCAACUCCGGCCAAAUCCACCACCAAAAAGAAGCCACCAACGCGUCGCGCCCCCCGAUCCCCAUCACCCACUCCCACACCAUCACCAUCCCCACCUCCCGAGCCACCGAAAAAGAAGCCGGCACAACGCGGUCGACCAAGCGGCGCCGCGAAAAAAACCGAAGAAGCCGCGGCGGCCGCCAAAAAAUCCACGGAGAAGAAGGGUAAAUAUGCGAGCAAGAAGAUGGUGUAUCAAGAUGAUUUUGAGGAUUAUUUGCAAGCUCCUGGAAGACGAUCAUGUUUUGCAGACACAUCGGCUAAUAAGUGAGAUUUUUAUGUGCCAGAAUUGCAAAAAAUGGGCGGGACUUAGGAAGAGGAGCAUUUUGAUACCAAAAAUGCUAGGGAAAAACGUUUCCCGGCCCUUUGUAGUACCAAAAGUAUCCUCAUAACAAACUCCUUCAUAUUUACUAUCAAAAUGAUCUUCUAAACAAGCCACGCCCUCUUUUGAAACUCUCGCAUAGCUUAUUCCCCCAAUUUUCAGCAAAUGGAAUUUCGGUCCAAUGUCAUCAUCAGGUCGUCGAAAACGCGAUGAAAUGGAGGAUUUUUUGCCGAAACCCGAACGAAAUGCCAAUUCUCUGGUGAAAAAGAAUUUCAAAAAAGGCACCAUCAAAUUCGAUUUGGAACUGAUUCAUCCGUUUGUCAUGUGUCGAUUGUGUGAUGUGAGUUUUGGAGCGAAAAUUCUGCAAAUUUUGAGCCACAGAACACCUUUUCUACCAAUAAUUUGGAAAAUUAAAUAGAAGAAUUCCCCGAAAAUUUACUGUUUCAAAAAAUUCACUUUUGAAAAUUUGAGAUUUUUUUGUAGGUGUAAUUUGUAAUCUAUCAAAAAUAAUUCAAAUUGGGUCCCGCCACGAAAAUCCUACAGUAAUCCUCAAAUUUUGCAGGGUUAUUUAAUCGACGCGACUACAAUCAUCGAUUGUAUGCACACAUUUUGCAAAUCUUGUCUGCUUUUGUAUUUUGAAGAAGACGAAAAUACUUGUCCAACGUGUGGAAUUCUGAUUCAUGGAUCACAUCCAGCACAAUAUGUCACUUUUGAUCGAGCGAUUAAUGAUUUGGUGAUGAAAUUGGUGCCUAGUAGGUUUUUUAGACCUGAAAUUCGCCAAAAAUUGAUAUACAAUUGAUUUUUCCCAUUUUCAGACCUCGAAGAGCAGGAGAAACAAAAUCGUCGAGAGUUUUUGAACUCGUUCCGAAAUGUUGAUAAUCAUGCAGAGGAAAAAGCGAAGAAGAAGGCGAAAGAGGAGGAGAGAAAGAGAGGUUUUUUUAUUGAGAAAAUCGGAAGAUUUUUGACCCAAAAUCGUGUUUUCUGGAAAAAAAUAAUACAAUUAGAUCCCUACAGUAUCCUGAAAAAUUUGAUCCUCGAAAAUCCAAGUUUUCUCAACAAAAAAAAUGAAAGUAAAACAACGAUACUCCGCUAUCCCGUUGUUUACCAAGACAUCUGGAAUUGCGGCGUCUCGUUGUUUUACUUUUGCAUUUUUUCAGACGGGAAAUGAAUUUUUUGCUUGUUUUUCAUGAACUUUCGAUGUUUUUGAAGUUCAAUUCUAAUUUUCUGACCUACUUGAGUGUUUUUAUAGUGAAAAUCAGGUUUUUAGAUGAAAAUGAUAAAACACCCAAAUUUUUCAGCCGAAAAUGUGAUUUUUCUUUGUUUUCAUGGAUUUUUGAGUUUAACAUGAGUUUUUCAGACCUUCUAUGGUAUUUCUAUAGCGAAAAUCUAGUUUCAAAGUCAAAAAUGUCAUUAUAAAAAUCAAGGUUUAAGCCGAAAAUCUAUCAAUUUUUAUAAAAUUUUCAAUUUUCCAGGUACAAAUCGAUGUUAUCGAGGCGAUCCGACUGUGUCACAUCACAGAGAUGAUAAUAUGGUUAUGGUGAAAUUGGUGCCUGGCAAGGAUCUGCCUUUAACUACACGGCCUUUUAUUAGAACAAGUGAAAUGACUACGAUUAAUACGCUGAAAAAGUGAGUGUUUGUUGAUAAUAAUAUUUUUGCCACGUCAUAGCACAUUUCCAGAUAUUUGGCACUUUCCUUGUGGGACGAUCAAAACAAAUACUCAGAUUUGGACAUAUUUUGCGACAAUCAAUUAAUGGGCAAAGAUUUUUCAAUUCGUUUUGUUUGGAUGAUGAAAAGACGAAGUCAACCCAAACACAUUCCACUGGAAUUGAAUUAUCGAAACAGUAUUUAA